UUUGUCCUGAAGUAGAUCCAACGGCGAGCACGAACCCCCUUCCCAUCUCCUCCCCCGCCGGCGACCACCACCCCCACCGGAGGGAGCUGGCCAGCGAGAGCCGCCGCGUCGCCUCGCGGCCCCAUUUCGCGGUAGCUUCUCUCCUCCCCCGACCGCCACCCGCGGGCCCCGCCCGGGUUUGCCCUUUCUCUCAGUCGUUCCACGAUGAGCGGCGGCAUCCCGUGGAAGCGGCUGGAGCUCGCCGUGCUGUGCGUCUACGCGCUGGUGUUCUACGCCGACCUGAUCCGGAGGUCGCUCCGCCUCUCCCAUGAUUACUCCGGGAGACUGUACGGCCUACGAGCAGGAUCACUCGCUGGCCAUCUGAACGACUUGUCUGAUGCGCAAUGGAGGAAUUUUCGUGGGAACUUGCCUGUUCUUACUGUUGUAAUGGGUGCAUUUAUGAUUGUGGCGAAUGGGUUGCGCUAUGGCUAUAGCUUGAAGGGCAGAGGUGCCUCUUUGUCGUGGCUUAUACUGUCACUGAGCUAUUUGUGCUAUCUACAUGGUGCUUGUGUUGGUUUCAUUCUUGUAAUAGCAUGGAUUAAUUACGCCAUAGUGAAGUUAUUUGCUCGAUAUAAGUAUUGCACUGGCCUCAUAUGGUGCUUCAACUUAGGUAUUCUUAUACUUAACCGAGUCUAUGAAGGCUACUCAUUCUCAUUGUUCGGGGAAAAACUGGCUUUUCUUGAUAACUAUCGGGGUACAUUCCGAUGGCACAUAUGCUUCAAUUUUGUUGUAUUACGGAUGAUUAGCUUCGGAUGUGAUUACUGCUGGACGCUUUGUUCUUCUCAUUUUGAUCACAAGAAACACAUGCAGAAAUGUGAAGUUUGCUAUUCUGGCAAGACAUGCUACUUUGCUUUGCAGGAGAAAGGGCUAAGUAUUGAAAAAUACACAUUCCUAACAUAUUUAUGCUACUUGACAUACGCUCCCCUCUAUAUUGCUGGACCUGUUGUAAGCUACAAUGCGUUUGCAGCUCAGUUAGAUGUACCUCAGAAAAACUAUUCAGUUGGGCAGAUAUGUUGUUAUGGACUGAGGUGGAUCCUAAAUUUCCUUCUAAUGGAAGCCAUGACACACUUUUUUCACUACAACGCCUUUGUAGUCAGCCGAUUAUGGCGGCAGUUGACACCAUUUGAGAUCUUCAUCAUUAGUUAUGGGGUCUUAAACUUUAUGUGGUUGAAAUUCUUCCUUAUUUGGCGCUACUUCAGGUUCUGGUCACUGGUAGGAGGAGUGGAGACACCUGAAAACAUGCCUAGGUGUAUAAAUAAUUGUCAUGACCUGGAGAGUUUCUGGAAAAGCUGGCAUGCUUCUUUUAACAGAUGGUUGGUCAGGUACUUGUACAUACCUCUUGGUGGGUCUCGAAGAAAGCUACUUAGUAUUUGGAUUGUAUUCACAUUCGUAGCAGUCUGGCAUGACCUGGAAUGGAAACUUAUUUCAUGGGCUUGGUUAACAUGCUUAUUUUUUGUCCCUGAAAUAUUGAUCAAAUCUUUAUCCAACAACUUCCAGGCAAAAAGUGCCCUUGGACUGUUCAUUCAACGUGAGCUCAGUGCAAUUGCUGGCGCGGUGACAAUCAGCUGCCUUAUGGUGGCAAACCUUGUCGGCUACGUUGUAGGGCCCUCGGGCAUUAAGAUUCUGAUCUCGCAGAUGGCCCAGAAGGACGCCCUGCCAGCCCUUGCUUUAAUAUUCACUACAUUCUACGUCGGCGUCAAGCUUAUGUUUCAUAUACGUGAUGCUGGAAAGAAACAUGGGUCACAGACAAGUUAGAAGAACAAGUAUCCAGUUUUUACUGGUAUAUACUCAGGCUUGACAAUGACAGGCUUCCACCAUUUUUCUUUGCUGGGUUUAUUUGACGCAAUCGAAAUGAUCCUGUAGGCGAUCUUGGAUUCGAUCUCUGUAGGCUAGGGCAGAUUUGUUAGCGUGAUGAUGUUUUUUUUUAAAGAUAAUGUUUUGUUACUAUCUUGGUUCGUCUGAUGGCCUGAUGAUGAUACCAUGGAGCAUAUGCUUGUUGAGUUGUGACGAUGAUUUGCAUUAUAGUAUUGCUUCAAUGCCUA